GCUAGCAAGGAGUCAGAUGUAUACAGUUUUGGUAUCGUGGCAUUGGAAAUAGCAUGUGGAAGAAAACCAAUAGACCCUAGGGCACCAGAAGGUGAAAUAAGAAUGGUUGAGUGGGUUUGGAACCUUUAUGGAAUGGGUAAGCUUCUUGAAACAGCUGACCCGAAACUGUCUGCAAAUUAUGAUGAGAAAGAAAUCGAAUGUUUGAUGAUUGUUGGGCUUUGGUGUGCUCACCCUGAUCCCAAUCUCCGACCUUCAAUUAGGCAAGCGCUUCAUGUCUUUAAUUUUGAAGCCCCAUUGCCCAUUCUUCCUUCCCAAAUGCCAGUGCCCACUUAUUCGACUCCAUCUGCUUUUUCUGCUGCUUCACAAUCAUUACAAUAUGGCACCAAUGUAUCCGAGAGCAGCCAGAACCAGUCUUCGAGCUAUAGCUACAACACGGAUUCCUCAAAGUUCACAGCAUCUUCUCCAGCUUCUUCGUCAUCUGCAUCACUUCUCUACACACGCUAA